AUGCAGGGCUGGCUGUUUGUAAAUGGAGCUUUCUGGAAGGACCCCCAAAUCAAGGCCCUUCUUCCUGCAGUGCCAAAGGGCAAGAUGAUCAUCCUGGAUCUGUACUCCGAGCAGAGUCCGAUCUUCACCCGCACCGAGUCCUACUACGGUCAACCAUUCAUUUGGUGCAUGCUGCAUAAUUUUGGCGGACUUAACGAAAUGUAUGGCGAACUGGACAAGGUGAACGAGGGUCCUUUCAAUGGACGUAACUUCCCUAACAGCACCAUGGUGGGCACAGGUCUCACCCCAGAGGGUAUCAACCAGAACGAGGUCAUGUACGAGUUCAUGAACGAACAGGCGUGGAGGCCAGGAUCUGUUAACACAACCGAGUGGAUAGAUCUGUAUCAAGCACAGCGAUACGGGGGAGGCGACCCGAAAACCUCCGACCUUGGGCUUAUCUCAGGCAAAGCGUCUACUCUGUCCACGUAUCUCCACUAUCCACGUAUCUCCACUAUUCACAUGGGCUAUGAUCCCGAGAUGUUGUUCAAGGCGUGGGACAAUAUGGUGGCCGCCACGUUUACAACGCCGGCGCUCCAUGCACAAACUCUGUUCAGGUACGACCUGGUUGACGUGUCCAGGAACAGCUUGCAGGUGCUCGCCAUCAAAUACUACUCUGAUGUCAUCGCAGCCUACAACAAGAGCGACACAGCCAGUCUCAGAUCUGCUGGCGUCAAGAUGAUCGACCUUCUGAGUGACCUUGACACACUCCUGGCUACCGACGUUCACUUCCUGCUGGGCACGUGGACCAGUGACGCGGCAAGACACUUCUCCACACCCCAGGAGAAGGCCUUGUAUGACUACAACUCGAGGAACCAGGUCACCCUGUGGGGGCCGUCUGGACAGAUCAUGGAUUAUGCUUGUAAGAUUUGGUCUGGGCUGAUUAACAGAUACUACAAACCAAGGUGGCAGCUGUUUAUAAACACUUUAAUCAACUGUACGGAAACCAAAACAUCGUUCGACAGUGGCGUGUACGGUCAGGAAGUGUUUGACACGGUGGAAAUACCAUUUUCCUACGACCAAACCGACUUCCCUAACGAACCUGAAGUGCAGUACAGCAUUGAGUACAAGCUUCUCAUGUUUGUGUUCAAAGCCAUACAUCAUCAAGCUCCAUCAUAUCUUGAGGACCUUAUCCACAAGUAUGAACCAGCCAGAUCGUUGAGGUCUUCAGCAACACUUCAACUGACAGUUCCGAGGACGCGGACAGUUCAAUUUGGUGACAGAAGUUUCAUCAAGGCGGGUCCCACUCUGUGGAAUAAGCUUCCGCAGAACUUUCAGACAAUCACAGAUUUUGAGACAUUUAAGCGAGAGAUUAAGACCCCUUUAUUCCAACGAGCCUAUGGCCUGCGCCUCUGA